AAAACCCUGAGCGUUGUUCAGUUGAACCCUCUUCACUAAAAGAGAAAACCAGGAGAAAAGUGACAAGCAGAACAAUGAAGGCACAAAGACGGCUAGAACUGGUUCGGAGCUGGUCCUAGCUGGUUCUUCUCUUUUCAUCUGGGGGUUCAAACAUUUGUGCGUGUUCCUCCUCUAUGGCCCCCAACGUGCUCUCCAUUGAAGCCCUCACUGCUGUUUAUGCAGCAGAGCAAAGGAGAUCGUUCAGGGCCUGCUGGAUAGGGGGCUUUGGUCAACUGCAUCCAGGGGAUACAUGUCCUCACAAGUCAGCUGCUCAGCUAAGACACCACAGCAGGAUGCCCAGGAAAUAGAGGCCUGACGCAAAGCCCAGUGUGUCACAGUUCUCUGAAAGCCCAGUUUCCUCUCAGCCUAGACCUGUCAGUUGAUGUGUCAAUUAUUCAUUGGAUUUGCCCAAAAGUCAAUUUACUGUCAACUCUAUAUUUUGACUAACAUAGCUGGAUUUUGUGUUUUUACUGUUGAUUAGCAAAGUGAAAAUGUUUGUUAGUCUCACGGUCAUGCUGCUCUUGUUUUUCCACCCAUUCAUAUUUACAGUAUCAGUAUAGUAAAUGGUAUUCUCAGUAUAGACACAGUUUAAAUUUUUGUGGCAAGCUCUAAAUGGGGUCAAUUGUGAAUUGGUGAAUUGGGUCAGAAUCUUCAUUUGUUGUCAGUCCGAUUAAGCCACAACUACAAUAUGUAAUUUAGUCACUUAAGUACUUUAAUAGGUUUGCAAGGUGUAUGUUUUCCAUCUUGACAUCCCUUUUGUUAGAGUGAUGUGUAGUUCAGUCACGUCCCCGUUGGGCCUUAAGGAAGAUACAGACUCACUUUAAUGCCCUCAGGAUGGCCUCCGUUAUCUUCUCACGUGCCUCUUAUUGUUGGAAACUAGGACUGAAAGCAUUGCUAGUGCCAAUGCAGUCAAUGUCAAUUUGCGAUUGAGCUGGACUUGCUAUUAUAAUUUUCAAAAUAAAUGAAUUAUGAUCGCCACAUAUAUAUGGGUACAUACAUGAAAUCUGACCUCUGCAUAUUACCCAUCCUCAGCAUUUAGGAGCAGUGGGCUGCUGUCAGUGUCUCGCUGCGAUACUUCAUGUGGACGAUAGGAAUCGGGAAUCUAACCUUUAACCUUGUGGUUAAAAGACGACCCGCUCUAUUCACUGAGCUACAGCCGUCCUGGUACCCAAGAAAAGCAAAUGUUAUGUCGAGUCUCAAGCAACAGUUACAAAUUGUUGCAGAAUCUCCAAAAUAUCAAGAAAAGACAUAUUUAAUACAGAGAAUAAAGAAACGAUAGGUCCCUGCUAGUCUGGUUCAUUAGACCUCUGCUCAGGUAGAAUGUGGGCAGAGCUAUGCUGCGUAUUAAGUGAGGUUAUUGAACUCCAUGCUACAAUAAGAAAGAUCAAGCUGCAAUUUGUUCCACCCUAGCAGUUAAGACAAAGCCAUCAGGAGAGAGAGGGAGAUUAAGUCUGUACACCUUCACACCAUCUUCAGUAAAAGGUCCAAUCAGGGCCUUCAAUGUUCAUAUUUGGUCUGUUUACAAGUUUCUAAUUAAAAGAUGAGUUUAUUGAACUGUGGUAUUUAUGCUGUAUAAUGUCCAUUCAAAACCACAAAUCUCUACAUUUUGUGAUUUCUCUUUUUCCCCCCACAGAUCCCAGGAAAAAUACCUCAGAGCACCUUUCAAACACUCAGCCUCAUACACCUACACAUUUAAACAGACUCAUUAUCACAUACACACGCAGGCACCACAAGCAGACAUGAGUGAGGAUAAACCAGCGGAUUCUGUGGAAACUGCCCCUGCUGAGGCGAACGCUAUUCCUAAUGGAAAAGGCCACGAGGAGGAGAUCACAGCAUCGGCCAAAACACCAUCUGCAGAGGCCGGUGAAAAGGUAACUGUACCCAACAGUGCCCAGAAUGAUAGUACCCACAGAACUGAGAAUACAGAGGCCAACCUCCCAGAGAGCCAGGACUUCUUAUCGGGCAUGGAGGACAAGAAGACCCCUCAAUUUACAGAUUUUGAGGGGAAAACCUCGUUUGGGAUGUCUGUCUUCAACCUUGGCAAUGCGAUCAUGGGAAGUGGAAUCCUAGGACUGGCGUACGCCAUGGCCAACACAGGAGUCGUCCUGUUUUUGGUACUUCUAACAGUGGUGGCAGUCCUCUCGGCGUAUUCCAUCCAUUUACUGCUAAAGUUGUCUGGCAUUGUAGGUAUUCGUGCGUAUGAGCAGCUCGGCUACAGGGCCUUUGGUACCCCGGGGAAGAUGGCGGCAGGUAUUGCCAUCACGCUGCAGAACAUUGGAGCCAUGUCCAGUUACCUGUACAUAGUCAAGUCUGAGUUUCCGUUGGUCAUCCAGGCCUUUCUGAUGGUGGAUAAACCUGAAGGUGAAUGGUACAUGAACGGGAACUACCUUGUGAUCAUUGUAUCUAUUGCAGUGAUAUUACCUCUGGCUCUCAUGAAACAGCUAGGAUACCUGGGAUACACCAGUGGUUUCUCCCUGAGCUGCAUGGUUUUCUUCCUCAUUUCGGUCAUCUACAAGAAGUUCAAUACCCCGUGUCCAUUUGUGGACUUUACAUUCAAUAGCACUGCCACUGGGCUGAAUAUCAGUGCCAUGGAUCCUGGUGAGGCGCCUGAUCCUGCCUGUAUUCCCAAAAUGGCCAACCUAAACUCACAAACUGCCUACACCAUCCCCAUCCUGGCGUUCGCCUUUGUGUGCCACCCCGAGGUCCUGCCAAUCUACACAGAGCUGCGCAAUCCCACCAAGAAAAAGAUGCAGCAUGUGGCCAACAUCUCCAUUGCAGUCAUGUACGUCAUGUACUUUCUGGCUGCCCUCUUUGGAUACCUAACUUUCUAUGGUGAAGUGGAACCAGAGCUGCUUCACACCUACAGUCGCAUUGACCCGUAUGAUACUUUGAUUUUGUGUGUGCGUGUGGCUGUACUCACUGCUGUCACACUCACUGUACCCAUUGUGCUCUUUCCUGUGCGAAGAGCAAUCCAGCAGAUGGCAUUUCCCAACAAGACCUUCAACUGGCCCCGUCACACCGCCAUUGCCUUCGUUCUGCUCACUUUCAUCAACCUGCUCGUCAUCUUUGCUCCCAACAUCCUGGGCAUCUUUGGGGUCAUUGGUGCCACAUCUGCCCCUUGUCUCAUCUUCAUAUUCCCUGCUAUCUUCUACCUUCGUAUUGUUCCCAAAGAAGAGGAGCCAAUGUGCUCUUUCCCCAAAGUCAUGGCCGUCUGUUUUGCUGCGAUAGGCGUCCUGUUCAUGAUAAUGAGCCUCAGCUUUAUCAUCAUUGAUUGGACAUCAGGCAGCAGCAAAGCCAGCAGUGGUCACUAGGCACCACCUUCUAUUUUGUUUUUCAGGUUUUAUAUUGUUGAUUUAGAUCUGUGUUGUGAUGUUAAAGUUUUUACUUUGAAUUAUGUUUGACGUUGAACAUGCCCUACUUUGACCAGUGACUGCAGAUCCAGGCCGGUCUACUGACUGGAAAGUUGAUCGUUGAAUUUACAAAAUUGGCCACGUGCAUAAAGAUUAAUGUUGACAUUUGGAGGCUGUGCUUUGUGAGAUGGAUGUAAAAAUGAGAUAAGUAACAACAUAGAAAGCAGCUAUCAUUAUACACCUGUCCCUGCGUUGGUUGGGAUCAACUGCUAUCCCUGUCUGCUACUCAGAUUAGAGUAGACUAUCUGAGGCACCUCCAUUUUAACUGUUGACAAAAAUCUACUCAAUGAUGGACAAUUAUUAAUUUAUUACGUCUAUUAUUAUUAUUAUUAUUAUUAUUAUUAUUAUUAUUAAGUUAUUUGAAUAACUACAUAUUUGUCACUCUGUGCAACUGCAGAUGAAAGUGGUGGUAAAAGCUAUUGCACAGAAAGAAAGAUAAGUUAAAGGAAUAGUUCAACAUUUUCGGGAAAUACGCUUAAAUUUAUACCACUCUCAAUACUGUGUACAGCAAAUUUGAAGUUACAGCCAACAGAUGGUUAGCUUAGCUUAGCAAGAAGACCGGAAAAUGUUGAACUGGUUUUUUUUAGUGUGUGCACCCUGUCGCUCCUACUCCACUAACGUGGUUAUUUUAGGGUUUGGAGUUGUCAACAUUUUCGCCUCUGACAGAGCGGGGUGCUAAACCACACAGACAGUAUGUCGUAAAGUGUUGUGAGCACAUUUAUCAAAACAUUCCGACACAAUAUGAUCAAGAUGUAUAUUUUUAUUAUGAAUCUCAGAAGAUGCAGGAUGGACUGAUGACCUGAUCCUCAGCUCGUCAUUUCAGGUUAGGAAGGUUUUUAAAUGACUUGGCAGUCCAGAUCACCACAUAAAACAAUGCCUUGUGUGUGCAGUUUGUUUUUCAGUGUUACUGUGGUGCAAAUGAAAGAAAGAAAUGGUAUACCGAAGACCUCAUCAGUUGGAUUGUACAGAUCAAAGUGAUAAAUUAAAUGAAAACAAAAGUCACUGCUCAGUGUUUGUAAUGAUGGAGGGAAGAUUUAUUUCCCUGAAAGAUGUGUUGUUUCUGAACAUUUACUGGAAGUAAUCAGAGAUAACCAAAACAACAACAACAGGGUCACUUCACCAUGUGGUUAGUAACAGUUUGGUGUCUGUAAAUAUUUCUGUGUCCAGCACAAGCUGGAUCCCUAACAGAAAUGACAGACAUGGGAUGACUGUCUUUAACAAUUUUGAAAAGUUUGUGGUUAGCAAUAGCACUUUCCGCUGAUAAGCACAACAUCUUGUUGCCAUUAAUAAGAUUAAACACAAGCAAAUGCAAAUCCCAUAAUCGAUAGAUGUGAUUUAAGGGCAUGUCCCUUUUGUAUAACUAAAUCGUUGGUGAUGUAAUCAAUCUAAUGUAGAUAAUGAGCAAUUUAGCAAUGCAUCGAUGGUAUCAUAUGGAUGUCUUCUCAAACAUUACUUGAAAUGUUACGGUUAGUUUUCCUGUGAGCCCCUGCUGCCAUUCGUUUCCUCCUCUGGUCCGUUCUG